GGAAGGGGCGCCCGGGACGGAGCCAUGGCCCAGGAGGCAGAUGGAUGGCUGUCGGAGGAAACGCUGUCUCUGUGGAAACGGGAGCAAGCUCGGCUGAAGGCUCGCGUCGUAGACCGGGACACUGAGGCGUGGCAGCGGGACCCCGCCUUCUCGGGGCUGCGGAGGGUCGGGGGCGUUGACGUGUCCUUCGUGAAAGGGGACAGUGUCCGUGCUUGUGCCUCUCUGGUGGUGCUCAGCUACCCUGAGCUCGAGGUGGUGUAUGAGGAGAGCCGCAUGGUCAGCCUCACAGCCCCCUACGUGUCGGGCUUCCUGGCCUUCCGAGAGGUGCCCUUCCUGCUGGAGCUUGUGCAGCAGCUGCGAGAGAAGGAGCCGGACCUCAUGCCCCAGGUCCUUCUCGUGGAUGGAAAUGGGGUGCUCCACCAUCAAGGCUUUGGGAUGGCCUGCCACCUUGGGGUCCUUACAGACCUGCCUUGCGUUGGGGUGGCCAAGAAACUUCUGCAGGUGGACGGGCUGGAGAACGACGCCCUGCACAAGGAGAAGAUCCGACUCCUGCAGGCUGGAGGAGACUCGUUCCCUCUGCUGGGAGGCUCUGGGACUGUCCUGGGAAUGGCCCUGAAGAGCCACGACCGCAGCACCAGGCCCCUGUACGUCUCCGUGGGCCACAAGAUGAGCCUGGAGGCAGCCGUGCGCCUGACCUGCUGCUGCUGCAAGUUCCGGAUCCCAGAGCCUGUGCGCCAGGCUGACUUCUGUUCCCGAGAGCACAUCCGCAAGGCCCUGGGACACCCUGGACCCCCCACACCGAGUGUCCUCACCAGGAGCCUGAAGGCGCAGAGGCCAAAGGCAUGCCCCAGAGGAGACUCUGGAGAGUCCGCAGGUGAGGGCCAGCCCCCAGAGGACCACAGCCUGGACCCCCGGACAGCCCCAAGGCCAGGCUCUCAGGAGCAGUAGGACAAGGACUGGCAGUAGAGUGGAACUGGGUGCCAUGAAGAUUCAGAGGCCACUGGCCACCCCAUUCUGGCCUCGGGACAGUGACCACCCCUGGGGGUGUUCUAGGGACUUAGAGGAACCUCGACUCAGUCGCAGGUAGCGCGCCCAGUCCCCACAGACAGGCUGACCGUGCCACCUCAUGGGGACGCUGCAGCGCAGCCCAGCUCCAGCUGAGGCAGAGGUGACCACGUCCCCCCUUCGCCCCAUCAUCGGCUGGUCAGCUGUGGUCGUGGUGCCUCAGAGGACAGAUCUCUACGGGGCCAAGUGCCGGAUCCCGAGAGUGCGUGGUCCAGCUCUCCUGGAGCCCACGGAGGGAUUCGGAGCACCAGGGCCACGUGGGCCCCAGCUGCGCCUGCACGACGCCUCCAGCCUCUGCGCCGCCCGCCGCUGGCGGUACAUAGAACUUGGCUCUCUUUUCCUUUUCUUCUCGGGGUUCAUUUUUUAUUUUACUUGUUUAUUUUUAUUGAUCUCUUUACCAUAAAAUUUAUUCGCAAAAUCAGGAUUCAUUUGCAAAGCAGCGACAGCCGUACUGAGUUACCUC